AUGGCGUAUCUGAUGCGGCAGUGGCAGGCGUCAGUCAACAGCAAGUUUGAGGAGCUCGAGCUCAUGCAGAGCCUCACUGACGAUCUGCGCACGGACCUCUUUGUGCACUGGUGGACGCAACACGUGCCUGCCAGCCCCUUCUUCCCACACGAGCAGCAGUGCCUGGCCACUCUACAGCGCGUGCUGGUGCCGCGUGCAGUGGCAGCGGGGGAUGUGGUGGUGCGAGAGGGCGAGGUGAGCCGGCACGUGUACGUGGUGCGCGCGGGCACGCUGGAGAUGGCGUGGGCGCUGCACGGGGCCGAGAUGGCGUGGGCGCUGCACGGGGCCGACACUCUCGUCGAGACUGCCGCCACGCUGCCAGGCAAACCCAUGCUGGGCAGGGAGGGCAUGAAGCUGGCACGCGCAGUGAGCAUGAGGCGGUGCCGGGCGCGCUCGCUGCAGCGCCAGGCCAGCCGCUCCUCCCACGGCAGCCCUGCGCUGCCGCCGCUCGACGCCACACCCGACGCCACCUCUUUUGACAUGCCCAACCCCAAGCCAGCCCCGUAUGGGAAGAAGAGCAGCAACGGCAUGGAUGAUGCAGGCAGCAUGCAUGGUGGGGAUGCCUCGCCUGCGCCCGGUGCAUGCGGCCCGCGCCACGGCGAUCAUGGCGACAGCCCUGCCAUGCUUGGGUGCUCACCGUGUGUGCGGCGCACGUGUGCGUACGAGCCAGCGCUGUGCACCAUACAGAGCAGCAGCCUCGUGCACUGCGACUCGUGGGAGGAACCUGCGUUGCCUGGCCAUGGUAGUGAGCCACUGCAGGAGGGCACAGCGGAGGAAGGGUGUGGAGAGGGGGCAGGGCAGAGGGGUGCGAGUGGCGUGGUGCCUCGCGUGCACAGCACAGCGGCGUCGCAUGAGAGCCAUGGGUCGGUGCGGCAUGAGAGCCACCUGCUGGGGCAGGCAGCGUUUGAGAGCAGGACGGUGGGCGUGGGCCAUGUGAUGGGGCUGGACGGGCUCUCAGAGGUGCUCGAGCUGCAGACCAGCGAACCCUCGUGGCUCGAGCAACGAGUCCCCUUCCUCUUCAUGGAAGGAACCUUCCAGGUUGGCAUUGUUGUGGGAAUCCUGGGCGAGGUGGCGGCUCGUGCGCCGCCAGUCGCGGCUCGACUUCCAAACGGAGCAUCUCGGCUCGCCGGCGGAGCGGCGCGAAAAAAGCGAGUCGCUAAACCAGCGCAUGAUGGAGGGGCGCGGCGACGCCAUGGACACUCGAGCGAGCCGCGCCUCGACACCUCCGGCAGCUGCUCGCCGCCGUCGUCCCUUGACGUGCUCCCCGUGUCGUCCCUCCCCGCGUCAGCCCUUCCCGUGUCGCCCUUCGACGUGCUGCAGCUGCCCGUGCCGGACGGCGGGGAGCGGCCCGACGGGGACGGCACGAGCAGGAGCGGGGUGGCGGGGGCAAGGGGAGGGGCGGAGGGAGAACCGCUGCCGGGCGGCAAGCCGCUGUUCGGGCAGCGGCGGUUGCGCGCGCGGCUGUGGCGGUCCGCCAAGGAGCUGCGCGAGGACGACCCGGGCGACGACGUGGCGCUCUCCUUCGCGUUCGACACGCCACCCGCUGCCGCGCCACUCAAGGCGCGCUCGCCCUUCCAAUGGGUGAUGAAAAGCGCCUCUGGCGUGUUCGCGUCACGCGGUGGGGACGACGGCAGCAGCAGCAGCGGCAGCAGCAGCGACAGCGGCGGCAGCGUGCGCAGGACGCCGGGGAAGGAGGGGGCGGCGCGGGUGGCGCUGGAGGAGUAUAUGUACGUGCCCAUGCAGCUCAGACCAGGAAACUCCCAGGAGAGUGAGCCGCCCGACGCGGAGCAGAUGGGCGCGCGGCGGUGGUGGCGCGGAGGGCCGUGCGUGGUGGCGUUCAAGGCGGCGCUGGCGGCGGCCAUGCGCGUGCGCAUCCCCAUCGUGCACCCGUACUCGCGCUUCCGGCGCGACGUGAACAUCAUCGUGGGCGCGUGCAUCGCCUCCAACCUCGUGAGUCGCUUGCCAUGCAUCGCCUCUAACCUCGUUUGGGAGCUGCUGUACAUGGUGGCGUUCGACCUCAGGGCCACGGGCGCAUGGCUCAUCGUCGACUCCUGCCUCUCCCUCGUCUACCUCGCUGACGUGCUGCUUGGCUUCAAAACCGGGUACCUGACGCGGGAGAAGCACGUGAUGGGGGAGGGCGGGGUGAAGAUGCUGCUGCCCCAGCAGAUCGUGAUGGACCAGCGGUGCAUAGUGUGGCACUACCUGCGCACGUGGUUCGUGGUGGACGUGCUCUCCUCGCUGCCCAUCGACCUCAUCACCUCCUCCCUCGCCCAGUCCAGCGUCGGCUUUUGGCUCUCCGCCGCGUUGCGGUUGCUGAAGCUGCUGCGGCUGAGGCGGUUGGGGCAGGCAACGCAGCAGCUGAGGCAGUCCGCGCUCGCAGGGCUCUACAUGGAGAUGACCAUCCUCGUGCUGCAGAUCUGCAUGGUGUGCCAUGUGGGCGCGUGUGCCUUUGCACUCAUCGGUCGCCUCGAGACGGCGCCCGAGUCGUGGCUGGCAGCGUUCAACUGGAGCAACGGGGGCACCCAGGAGACACUCGAGAGUGCACCGCACGGGGUGGUGUAUGCUGCAGCCUAUUACUGGGCCAUGGUCACCUUCGCCUCUGUGGGGUACGGGGACAUCCACCCGGUGGACACACUGGCAGAGCGCCUGUUUGCCACGGCAUACAUCCUGGUGACGUCCAUCCUGCUGGGCUACGCCAUCGGGCAGAUCUCCUCCCUCAUCUACUCCAGCCGUGCUCGCCGCGAGUCCGUGCGCCAGCGCUGCAACACGCUGCACAGGUUCAUAGAGAAGGAGGAGAUCUCGGAAUGGCUCGCCAACCGAAUGAUGGUGAGCCUCACGGGCAAGUGGCAGUCGGAGCUGUCGCAGCGCUUCCACGAGGGCGACCUCAUCGACGCGCUCUCGGACGACCUGCGGGCGGACCUCUUUGUGCACUGGUGGCAGCGCCACGUGCUCCCCAGCCCCAUGCUACCGCACAACCACUCGUUCCUGGCGCACGUGUUUCCGUGCCUCAUUCUGCGGCGCGUGGCGCCAGCGGACGUGGUAGCGAGCGAGGGCGAGUUCACGCGGCACCUCUACAUCGUGCGCUCCGGCACCCUCGACGUCACCCGCCUCAAGGACGGCCCGCCGCCCGCCCUCGCGCCCACCCACGCCGCUGCUGAGGUGGCGGGCUGUGAAGCUGACGUGGAUGGGUGUGCGGUGGAGAUGAAAGGGGGGAUAGAGGAGGUGCAGCUGCCACCUGAGGUGGCGAGGGCGCUGCAGGAGCAUGGGGGGGCGCCGGGGGGCGGAAGAAGCGGGUCGCUGGGAGGGUUGCUGGGCGCAGCAGGAGCAGGAGCAGGGGUAGGGGGGUUGGGGGCGGGGGUGGGGGUGCAGAGGCGUGCGAUGGGGCGGUCGCUGGCGGUGGCGGAGGCGGUGCCGGCAGUGGCGGGGGCGGUGGGGUACAAGAAGGAGAGUGUGGGCGAGGGGCACGUGGCGGGCACGGAGGGGCUCAAGGCGGCUCUGGAGAUGCGCAAGGGGGAGGAGGAGUGGAGCAGCCAGCGCGUGUCCGUCAUCUGCAUGGACGCCUCCUUCCAGGACCCUUCCUCCCCCUUCUCCCCCCCCCAGCAGGCGAAGACGGAGUGCGAGGUGUACCUGCUGCUGCUGGACGACCUGUUUGACGCGCUAGAGAGCUUCCCCGAGCUGCUCACCGCCAUGCGCACCGCGCUGGGCCUGCCCCUCGCGCCCGACGAGUACCUAGCGCGGCCGCGCCUCAUGACCUCGCACCGCAGCUUCAAGGGGCUGCAGAGGAACAAGAGCCAAACCCGCCCCAUGCCCUUCUCCGCUGACAGCAGCAGCAAUAAGACGCUGUCGUUUGGCAAGGGCCGCGUGAUGCGGGUCGGCAGCAGCUCCAUGCUCAAAUCAUUCAAAGGAUGA